UUGGCCAUAGGACACACUGAGGACCUGCAAGCAGACCUGAUGAACGAAUGCUACGUGACCCACGUUCACUACCAGGACUCAUCAGAGGAGCCCAGAGGGAAGCUGAAACGCACAGAGGAGCAAAUCGUGUCUUAUUGUUACCCCGGGGAUUUGCCGGGUUACGCAAUGGCAGUGAGUGAGCACCUCGCCGUGACCGUGAAUGAGCUGGCAAGCCUGGAAAUCGACCCCUGGGGAACACCGAAAGGAAUCCUGGCCAGAGCAGCACUGUCGUGCAAUUCAGUCGAAGAAAUGGUGGAGAUUUUGACUGACAAAGGACACGGCAUUUCCAGUGGACUCUCUUUCAAUGUCAUGACACUGAGUGAACCCAAACGCAGAUUAUUCAACAUUGAAGUGGCCUGCAGGGAACGGGAUCCCGAAGGGAAUUUCUUGCCAGACAGGCAAUCCAGAGUCAGUGUGCACGAAGUCAAGGAAAAUGAGGUUUUCUUCCACUGCAACCUGUGA